AUGAACGAAACCAUUGCUUUGUUGAAGACUUCUCCAGUGCGUCUAAGUGAUGAGGUUGAUGAGUUUACAGAGUACUUUCAUCGACUUUUCUGGACAUUUCCUCCAUGCGUUGAGGCUUUUAAACAUUGCAAGUCACUAAUUAGGAUUGACAGUACGCAUCUGUAUGGGAAGUAUGGCGGGACUUUGCUUCUGGCUAUUGCGCAAGAUGGAAACUUGAAUAUAUUUCCAGUUGUGUUUGCACUUAUUGAGGGGGAGAAUGCUGAGUCGUGGGCUUUUUUCUUAUCCCACUUGUGUCAACUUGUGACCCCAAAAGAAGGCAUUCUGGUGAUCUCUGACAGACACAACAGCAUUAAGGCUGCACUGGAGGCACCAGACAGUGGUUGGCUACCGCCUCAUGAAUAUCGAACGUAUUACAUUCGACACGUUGCAGCUAAUUUUGCUCUCAGUUUCAAGGGUCAGGAUGCAAGGCGGCUGCUCGUGAAUGUGGCGUAUGCCAAGACUGAAGCAGAGUUCGACUACUGGUUUGAUAUUAUGAGAACUGAGAAUCCGGCCAUGUGUGAUUGGGCCAACCGACUGGAGUACGAUAAGUGGACCCAACACCAGGAUAGAGGCAGACGGUUUGACCACAUGACGACGAACAUAUCUGAGUUUGUUAACUCUGUAUUGAAGGGGACACGGAAUCUGCCGGGUACUGCACUUGUGAAAUCCACAUAUGGGAGGUUAGCAGAACUUUUUGUCGUCUGA